AGCUCAGGCACGUACGGAGGCUCCCAGGCGCUUGUGCGGGACCCGCUCACAAGUUGACACGCUAAAGUUCCUUUUGUUCCGCCUAAUGGGGGCCGUGACUAUGACGAUCAUCCAGGUACCCUCUCAGACCUUACCUGAAAGAGGUCGGGCCCGUUGAACUGUCCGUCCCUGGCGAAUGCAUGGUCCCAUCAGCUACCGAAGAUCCGAAGAAAUCGACUGUUGGACACUGUCGACGGGGUCUGAUCAGGCACGCAAGGAAUCAAGGCGUGGUCCUGCACUCGAACCGGAUUGGAGAUGCCAUAGCAGCCACGGUGGUCCACGCAUGUGUGUCUCUGAGGUGGUCCAGCGCUACCCUAACAUCGGUCGCAACUUUGCUUCUGCUCUCGACUUGUGGUCCACCACUUCAUCUGUCACUUAUCGUCAAUUCGUUUAAUUACAGUCGCCCUGGACCGCUCGUACCUUCCGCUCGUUGUGAAAUUGCGCGAUGGACGCCCGCAAGCAUCGAGAUUUACCCCUCCUGUCUCGACGGCAGGUGGAAGGGCUCAUCGCGAGUGGACGCACCAUUAUCAUCGUGGACGAACAUGUGUUGAAGGUCGACGCAUGGCUGAAGUACCACCCUGGCGGUGACAAGGCCAUCAUGCACAUGGUCGGUCGUGAUGCCACGGACGAGGUUACAGUGUUGCAUUCCCCGGAAGCAAGAGAGCAGAUGAUGCGCUACCGCAUAGGCCGAGUAGAGGGACGAUGGGAGAACUUCUUACCACCAAUCCAGGGAGGGAGCUUCCGCGAUAUGGCCACAGAAACACCACAGGGCGAAGAGCAGACUUCCACCUCCAGUGAUACCGACUCGCGCGAAGCCUCACCCGUCUUUGAUGCUGAAAAGCCCCUUGCUCACCGCCGACACAACACCACAACCACCAACACGAGAGGCCACUCCUCGUCGGCCAGCUCAGUAUCGUCGCAUGACGAUGACCACAAAAUGACACCCACGGGGUUCCUAGACGCCCAAACGAAAAAGGAGAUCAGCCUGGACCUCGAUCGAUACCCGUCACUCGACAUCAAAACACAACACGAAAUUGUUGUCAAAUAUCGUCUCCUCAACAAAAGGAUACAGGCGGAAGGGCUUUACGACUGCAAUUACCUUUCCUAUGCCAUCGAGAUGGUGCGCUACGCUCUCCUCUUCAGUGGCAUGCUACUCUUCCUGAGCUGGGGUUGGUAUGUCCCGAGUGCCAUGUGUCUUGGUAUCUUUUGGCAUCAACUUGUCUUUGCCGCCCAUGAUGCAGGUCACAUGGGCAUUACUCAUGAUUUCCACAUCGACACAUGCAUUGGCAUCUUCAUCGCCGACUUCCUGGGUGGGUUGUCCUUGGGCUGGUGGAAGCGGAGUCACAAUGUUCACCACAUUGUCACCAACUCCCCCGAGCACGAUCCAGACAUCGAGCACAUGCCCUUCUUCGCCGUUUCCCACCGACUUUUGGGCAAUCUCUACCCGACGUACUACAACCGACUGAUGAAGUACGAUGCAUUUGCCAAAGUGAUGCUAUCUGUGCAGUCCAAGACGUAUUAUCCGAUCAUGCUGUUCGGCCGCUUCAACCUCUAUGUCCUCUCCUGGGAUCACCUGAUCGCCGGUCGCGCACCACGGCACGGACCGGCGUGGUGGCAUCGUUGGCUCGAGGUGGUCGGCCAAGCGUUCUUCUGGGCUUGGUUCGGGUACGGCAUCGUGUAUAGGUGCAUCCCGACGGCCUGGGACCGGGUUGUCUUCGUCAUCGUGAGCCACAUGCUGCAGGCGCCGCUGCAUAUCCAGAUCACGCUCUCUCACUUUGCCAUGAGCACCGCUGAUCUGGGGCCGGCCGAGUCCUUUCCCCAAAAGAUGCUUCGCACCACCAUGGACGUGGACUGCCCGACCUGGCUAGACUUUUUCCACGGCGGGCUGCAGUUUCAGGCGAUCCAUCACCUGUACCCUCGCAUCCCGCGCCACAAUCUCAGGCGGACCCAGAAGUUGGUGCAGGAAUUCUGCGUCGAUGUCGGUAUUCCAUACGCACUCUAUGGCUUUGUGGACGGCAACAAGACCGUCAUCGGCAAGCUCGCCGAAGUGUCCCGACAGGCAGCCAUUUUGGCAGAGUGCCAAAAGCAUGUCGCGAGUCACGAAUAG